AAAAGGAACCAGCAAAAUGAAAGCAGCCUCAGCUGCUUGGAAGGAGUAAUUCGGACGCUCCUAUGUGGAGACUCUGGUAGGGAGCUGAGGGUCUGGGAUCUCUUAGGGAUGCAAACCAAUGCAAGCUUCUGUGUGCUGGAGGAGGCUGUGAGGGCUGCUGAAGAUGUCCGAUAGUCUGGAUGUUGAAGAGAAACCUCCAGCCCCGCCGUUGAGAAUGAACAGCAACAACCGUGAUUCUUCAGCACUAAACCACAGCUCCAAACCGCUCCCCAUGGCCCCCGAGGAGAAGAACAAGAAAGCCAGGCUGCGCUCCAUCUUCCCGGGAGGAGGGGAUAAAACCAAUAAGAAGAAAGAGAAAGAACGCCCCGAGAUCUCUCUUCCUUCAGACUUUGAACACACGAUUCAUGUGGGGUUUGAUGCCGUCACUGGAGAAUUCACAGGCAUUCCAGAGCAGUGGGCCAGGCUACUACAGACCUCCAACAUAACAAAACUAGAGCAGAAGAAGAAUCCGCAAGCAGUUCUAGAUGUCCUCAAAUUUUAUGAUUCCAAAGAAACAGUUAACAACCAGAAAUACAUGAGCUUUACGUCAGGAGAUAAAAGCGCCCACGGAUACAUAGAAGCCCAUCCUUCGAGCACAAAAACAGCGUCAGAACCCCCGUUAGCACCGUCAGUUUCUGAAGAAGAGGAUGAAGAAGAUGAGGAAGAAGAAGAUGACAACGAACCUCCGCCUGUUAUUGCACCACGGCCUGAGCACACGAAAUCAAUCUACACCCGCUCCGUAAUCGAACCUGUCGCUGCACCAGCACCUGCUAAAGAAGCCACCACUCCCCAGCCUGAAAACUCCAACACAAACACUUUGUACAGAAACACAGACCGGCAGCGAAAAAAAUCCAAGAUGACAGAUGAGGAGAUCCUGGAGAAACUGAGGAGCAUUGUGAGUGUGGGAGACCCUAAGAAGAAGUACACUCGAUUUGAAAAAAUUGGCCAAGGGGCAUCAGGAACUGUUUAUACAGCAAUAGACAUCGCUACAGGACAAGAGGUGGCCAUAAAGCAAAUGAAUCUCCAACAACAGCCCAAAAAGGAACUAAUUAUUAAUGAAAUCCUGGUCAUGAGGGAAAAUAAGAACCCCAAUAUUGUUAACUAUUUAGACAGCUACCUAGUAGGUGAUGAGCUCUGGGUGGUUAUGGAAUACUUGGCUGGAGGCUCUCUAACUGAUGUUGUUACAGAGACAUGUAUGGAUGAAGGACAGAUAGCAGCUGUCUGUAGGGAGUGCCUGCAAGCGCUGGAUUUCCUUCAUUCAAACCAAGUGAUUCACAGAGACAUAAAAAGCGACAAUAUUCUUCUCGGAAUGGAUGGAUCUGUCAAAUUGACUGAUUUUGGCUUCUGUGCUCAGAUCACCCCCGAGCAGAGUAAAAGGAGCACAAUGGUCGGGACUCCUUACUGGAUGGCACCGGAAGUGGUGACAAGAAAAGCGUACGGCCCCAAAGUUGACAUCUGGUCACUUGGGAUCAUGGCAAUAGAAAUGGUGGAAGGAGAACCUCCUUACCUUAAUGAAAAUCCUCUCAGGGCACUGUAUCUGAUAGCUACAAAUGGGACACCAGAGCUGCAGAACCCUGAGAGACUCUCUGCUGUGUUUCGUGACUUUCUGAACUGUUGCCUGGAGAUGGAUGUGGACAGGCGAGGGUCUGCCAAGGAACUUUUGCAGCAUCCAUUUUUAAAAUUAGCCAAGCCUCUCUCCAGCUUGACUCCUCUGAUCAUUGCAGCGAAGGAAGCGAUUAAGAACAGCAGCCGCUAGUGCUUUGGGCUGGCAUUCUCCCAUGCCAGCUCACUCCAGAGCAGGACUGAGAAAAAAACUCUAUAGAACCUCAACUCUUCUGCUGCAGGACAGACGGAUGGAUGGAUGGAUGGAUGGACAGCCCAACAGUCGCAGUCAUGGUGGUAGGAGGGGAGAACAACUGUUCUCCAGUCCCUCAAGGAGUAAAAACUUACGUCUUCUUCCUGCUUUCUGGCUCCUUAAUUUAUUUUUAAGAUGAAACAGGGCUUAAGACAGAGAUAAUGACAGAAAUUGCUUUGCUGCCUCAGCCAUUUCCAAGGUAAAGCAAAUUCAGUUGGAAGAUUCCCUUCCUUCUCACCCUGUGAAUAAGCUGUACAUUCACUUUUGUCAAUUGUUUCUUAAAGAUGCAAAGUCCCUUUUAUGUUUUGGGGUUUUUUGUAUGGUUUGGAAUUGGAGAAGGGUCUUCAUUUAUAACUCCAGACUGUACUGCCGUUUGAAUACAGCCCACUCUCUGGUAUUUGCCUAGUCAUUACACUUCUAGAUGAGGAAGAAAGUGAAAUUGCAUUUCCAAUCAAAAACAAAUCAGGAGUGGAGCAGUCAAAACAUCCUGUUGAGAUACAGGCUCAGCUGUGAAUAUAUAGUGUUUCUGUUCUUGACAGUUUCAUUUGUAUAACUAGUUGUAAUAUGGGUGAGAGUCUUACUAAAAUGAGAAAGCAGAAAGAUCAGUUUGCUCAGAAAGGGCUUGUCUGAUGCAAAGCUGUAAGAGAAAUGUGAAGUGAGAGCAGGCCCAGCCUUGCCCAGUGCUGAGCCCCGGGGACCCCUCUGCAGAGCACAGAGCAGCUUCAGCAUCUGCAACCCCAGGCUGGAGGAAGGCGCUUGCAGCAGCAGGUGAUCACCGGGUAAUUGCCUCUUCCUGGCGCUGCACUGAUCACAGUGUCAGCUCUGAACUGGCAGUGAGUUGCUCUCAAGGUUAAUUGUAGUUGUGCUUCAAAAUGUGCAGAGUGGUGGGAGUAGCCCUCUUCAGUUUGUGCAGGAGUCGAAGAGGGGAGAACAGCUGGGUGCUGCUGUCACUUCUGAGGAUGCCUGCUCUCCUGGUCCUCUUGGAGCUCGCAGGAAAGGUUAGUAGCAUUCGUGCUCCUCUUAGCAGCAGGAAGAGCGGCCAGGCUACUCUGCAGGCUUUUGUGCUGGUGAGUGUCCUUUAGGCAUGCAAGUUCUGCCAUGGAAACUGUGACACUGAUGCAAAUGAGUUAUGGCUUCCAGGGUUUGGUUCUGCCUGAGCCAGUCCAGCAGACAGCUUUGGAAGAAAGUGCAUUUAAACCUGGAGCUCUGCAGUGAGCAAGAAGUGCAGAGCCGAUUGCAGAACUAUACAGAGCCAUAAAACCAGCCUGCUGUAUGCUCUCCUCCAUACAGCAAGCACUGCUGAAUACAGUUCUGAGUUGCUGGGGGAGCCCUGGAUGUGACUGAGGAUUGUGCUUGACUAGUCUGCUGAUUUGUAGGAGAGCAGAGUAGUUUUAGUAUGCCAUUUGUGUUUUAUUUAUUUUUUUUCUGAAAGAAAGGAGUGUGGCUUCACUCAGAAAAAGCAUUUGUAUGGAAUAUUUGUUACUGUAUUUUAGUAGUACAACUAAUCAAGACCAUCAAAACAGCAACUGAAUCAACACCUAUAUCCAAGGAGCAAAAAAAGGAGUAAAACAGCUUUUUGCUGUAGUUCUUCAUGUUUUAGGCCUGCUCCCACAAAGGGCUAAGCAGCCUUUGAGGUACUAAAAACCUUCACGUUUUGCUGGUACGAAUGAAGGAUGCUUGGGCUAUUCUUGAAUUAGGCCAUUAGGUUGUCUAGUUUUGUCUUCUUAUUUAGUUACCAUCUUUGUGUUGAAAAUGUCAUUAAUACUGCUAACUACCCCACCCCUACUCACUCUGUCCAUCCCAGUGUCUUUGCUGAGGCAACCGACAGAGGCAAUGCUCAUUAAAGUUCACAGAAUCAUAGGAUGGGUUGGGUUGGAAGGGACCUUAAAGCCCAUCCAGUUCCAACCCUCUGCCAGGGGCUGGUUGCCCCCUCCCAGCUCAGGCUGCCCAGGCCCCAUCCAGCCUGGCCUUGAGCACCUCCAGGGAUGGGGCACCCACAGUUCUCUGGGCAGCAGUGCCAGGGACUCACCACUAUGAGUAAGAAUUUCCUCCUAAUAUCUAACCUAAAUCUCCCAUUUUAGGUUUAAAACUGUUCACCCUUGUCCUGUUACUGUCAGACCAUGUAUGAAGUCAAUCUCCCUCCUGUUUAUAAGCUCCCUUUAAGUACUGAAAGGCUGCAAGGUCUCCCCUUCCUGGGGAGCACAACAGGUUUGAUUUUCAGAUGUCAAGUAAGAAAAGAUGUUUGUUUCUUUUGCAAGGCUAUGUUCUUCUCUGUCAGCUCAAGCUGUCUAUCUGGGAGAUGGGCUUCCCUGAGGAAAAAAAAAAAAAAGAGAUUUAGACUUGAGAAGAGCUGCCCCCAGUUUGUAAAGCAUUAAUCUGAAUAAAACAUUUGUAUUCCAUGUAACUAAUGAAGAAACUAGUGGCAGUUUCUCCUUCCAGUAUUUAUUUUUUUUCCUACCCACAAAGGAACAGAUGGCCAUUCUUUGAAAGGAAAGCACUUUUUUAUGGCACAUGUUUGCUGGACAUACGAUACGUACAUUGACAGAUUACACUACUUCCUCUUUUUUCCUAUUUUCUUUAGCAAAAAAUAUUUCAGCAUAUCUACUUUACUUUUUAGUUAAAUUUCACAAAAGAUAACAAAUAAAAACAGGAAAAUGAUAGCAUUAUUCUUUUUCUGAUCAGUGUAUGCUCCAGCAUACAGAAUACUGCUGGCACUGGCUUUUUAAAUACAACUGCUUUAAUAAGAAGAGGCCUUACUUUUUAUUUUAUUAAAUGCUAUAUUUGUCUUUCCUUGCUUUAGCAAAUCCAGAGACUUUUCUGCUAAAAAAAAAAAAAAUCCUGUGAGGCAGACAGGAUUCAACAGAAAUCAUCUCUGCCAGUGGCUUUUUUUCAGCAUGACUGUAAUUGCCCAGCUGGGACUGCUUUACAUUCAGGGCAGUGCACCUCCAGCAUCCCUGUGCUUCAGCCAGUCUCUGACACAAAAUUCUCAGUCAUUAGAUACUGAAGGACGGCAGCUGCUUUUAUAAUGUCUCAACUCUGAUAGGAAACGUGGAAGAAGCGUAUUAGUAAUAAAAAGUCUGUCCUGAAAGGGGCAAGUCUUGUACAUUAUUUACAAGCUCAAGUAGGAAGUUAGGAUUGACAAUGGUGUUAACUUUCCAGGAAGAAACAAGGCAAAUAUAAAAUCUCUGGAAUCAUGGCGGGUGUUUUUGGACUGCUAUCUUCAGAUUAAGCUAUUAGUUAUAUAUAUUUUUGAAAGCACUAGAAAUAGGCUGUUUCUGUUGCCAAAUGCAUAGGUUAAUGUUGUACGUUUCAAACACUUUCAUUCCAAGGUCCUAAAAGACUGGUUAAUUGUCUUUAUUUUUAAAUUCAUUAAAUGGUGAAAAAAACCAACUCUCUAGAGCUUGACUAUGAUUCCCAUCCCUGCAAGGAAGAUGUGUGAAAAUGACUCGUUACUUUGCUGUGGUAUUAAUGAGUUCUAGGACAGAAGUAUGACAGCAGUAAAGUCAGGGAAGCAUGUGAAGCACAGAAAAGAUUAUUUAUUUAACAAAAAAGAAAAAGAGGAAAAAAAAAAAAGUACCUAUUAAGAAUUCCACACGCACUCCUAGAAGCCUGCACAGGGGUGGAUCUCUCAGUGCUCUCAGGGUUUGUUCACAAACUCGGGCCAGGGUUGCAUUCUUUCUUCUCUGUCCUGCACUUCUGUAAAACUGUCAGUCCUCCAUCUUUGGAUACUGUUUGGCUGACUCACACUACACAGGAAUGAGCUCAAGUAUUUUUUUUUUAGCUGUUUGUGUUGGAUUUCUCUGAUGCCAGCGGCUGCACCUCAGCAGGUCUUCAGUUAGUUCCCCCCACCAUAUCCUGCCACCAAAAAUAAUGCACGGUCCAGUCACCACAAGAAGGAAAGUACAUACUUCUCUCAGCUAGUUGUAGGAAAUGUCACCGUAUCCUUUUAUCUGUGGUUCCACUAUAGUCAUUGGUACGGCCACAGAGCAUUCCUCACACUGAGCUUGUACACGUAUGCAUUUGUUGUUUGCUCACUGGCUUUGGUCACAACUGGACUAGGAUUCAGAGAGAGCUCUGCUAGUCCCCACCAGUAAAGACAGGAGCCAGUUGUUCUUUGCUCGACAUCCAGCGCACGUAUGCUAACACCAGCUUAGCCUUGCUAAACGUUAUCAAGACAGUGGUCCACAAACCUUCUUGGUAGACUAUUGUUAGUACACAUGCAGUAACUUAGUGACAGGGCAAGCUGAUGACAACCCAUAAAUACAAACAUUCAGGUUUUGUUUUUUUUUUUUAACUGAGUGGAUAGAUACCCCUUAUUUUAAAGCCCUACUUUUCAGGAAAUGGGCAAAGAACUACCUUUAUUUCAAGGGAAAACGAGAUUUCUUCAGGUGCAAUCUACAAUUCGGGGGGGGGGAGGGGGUGUGGGGGGAGGUCUUGUGUCUGUCCUUGAGCUGACAGGGUAAUUUCUUUUUCUGGCUGAAGCUUGCAAAAAUUCUUGCUUAUACAUGUGUUAGAAUUGACUGCCAUAAUCCUAGGCAUGUGUGAUGUAUAUAAACAAUCACUUUCCUGAGCCUACCAAUGGUUGCAUGCAUCUUUGAUGAUAAGUCAUCUCAGAAAGAAAAAAUAGUACAGGAACAAGAAGGAGGGAUGCUUACAUGCACUUUGCAGAUUCCCUUUGGUCUGCCAUGAAUGUAGGAGCCUGCAAACUUUGUUCUCACUGUUUACCUAUUCUUCCAAGCAAGUACGUGUGUUCUGCUAGAAUCUAAGAAAACUAGGGAGCAAUAUAAUUUGUUAAAGUUGAUAAUAUGGAAAAUUGCACUGGCCAGCUUCCCAGCAGAUCGCACAUAAGCUUCAGCAUAUCUGUGUCAGAUGCCUUGUGCUCUAAUUGAGGGGCACCACAUGCAUAACUGCUUGGGGAUCAUGCCUGGUUUCUGUGAGGCUCACUAAUGUUUGCCUGGCCCAGCUUACAUGUCAGAUGGCAUCAAAGCCGCAAGGCCCACAGCUGGAUGCAGUGGCUGGAGUUGGCAGGUGUGACUGUGGGUCAGAAGAGCCAACAGCCACACGCACAGUUGUUUGAAUCACGGUACUCUAAGAAAGGAAGUGUACAAACUGAGAACAUGAGUACUGUUUGUGUAUCACCUCUCUUCUGUCCUCCACUCCUUCCAGGGGCUUGAAACAGCUAUGCUUUCCCAAGGAGAGAAAUUUAAAAGAUCUUUCACAAGUCCUGUUCUUUCUAAUCUCUGUGACUGAGUGUUGUCUCUUUAUGUGCCUCUUCCUGUGCUCGGUGACUGCUAACCAAGAUUGUGUAACUGGCUCAGAUAAAGUGCUUGAGAUCCUCAUUUUCUGCCCUUUGAACCGCCUGUUUACAGCAACAUUUAAAAUCUUUAAGCUUGGUCUGGACAGAGUUAUCCUGCACUUUGUGCAUAACCAAGAGUCUGUGGCUAGCCAUCUCAAGUUGAUGCUUGCAUCAAGGGCUCCCAGUUGUCACAGUCUAGCAUAACACUACUGAACACAUGGGCAAAUAGUGGCAGGUGGUUGUUUUUUAAGUUAGAUCCUUUUGCUGCUGAAUAUUCUGUGUUUCAUUUGAUCUCUCAGUCUGUUGUUGCGCUGGACAGACACAGGUACUGCUUCUACUCCCACUGAAGGCAGCACCUUGUUGCUUCUAAUAAGCAAGUACUGAUAAAGCCCUAGGUACUGAGGUGGGUCCCCAGAGGUGUCCCAUGGCCAAGGUGGGUAGUAGGGAGCUGCUCUUGUUCUUUUGCUCCGUCAUCCAAAGCUAUUCAUGUCAGAAGUGAGUCAACAUAGGAAAUUUGAAGCAUGCAAUUCUCUUACAUCCAUAUCUGCUGAGAUUUUUUACCUUUGAGCUAAAGAUGCACAGAGGCAAUUGCUUUUUGUCACACUGUUUAUAUUAGUGUUAAAUUAUGCUGCUAAAUCAGUCUGUAGAACAGCAACAAGAAAAAAGCCUCUCAGCUCUUCAGCUGUGACACUCAUAAGCUGCUGCUAUCUGCUGUAGCAGGGGAGCUGCUCAAGAUGGGAACCAGUAGCAAAGCACUGAGUAGCCCCUGGUGAAAAGAACACCACCUUCUUGGGUGGAGCCCAAAUUCACACUGGGAGCUGCUCUGGUGCACUGGUGCUGUGUCUGCACUGCAGAUGCUACGCAUACAGACAUACAUUUUAGGAAGAUCUGCAAAAGAAUUCUGCAACUCUUUGACUGGAUGAGGAUGUACCAACUCUUAACUCCAGUUUAGUCUGAAGCAACCAGUUUAGAUCUAGACUGGUGUCUGCUAGGUUUUUUAUUCAGGGUAUCCAGACAAAAGUAAACAGAGGAGGAGCCUACAUUUUCAUUGUUUAUCAGAAAUGUAUCUCAUUUUGCUGUACAUUCCUUUUUUAGGACAUGUUAUCUGUUAAAAAAAAAAAAAAAGAAAGAAAAAAAGAAAAAAACAAAAAAAGAUAAAAAGCAAAAACAAAUGUGUAGUGAAAAUCUUCUGUAACUUUGGAUUAAGAAGUAAUUAUGAUCUUUUUAAAAAGAGAACUAAGUUAUUUACUUUGUAAAUGUGCUGAUGGCAUGGAUCCAUCUUACUGACCUCAGCAUUUUUUUUUUCUUUUUUUAAGAUUUUGGGUUUUGUUUCCAAUAUUAAGUUAUUUUAAAUUGUGGUUGAAGCAAUAGAAAAUUGAAAUAUGGAUUGUGCAUGACUGUGUCUUGAGUGUAAAAAUAUUGCAGUUUGAAACUUGGACCUAAAGUAUUGCAAAUAAAAGUUAUAAAUACCAAUG